CGAGCGGAGCCGAGCGCGGCCGAAGCGGAGCCGAGAGGGGCCGAAGCGGUGCCGGGCGAGGCCGAAGCGGAGCCGAGCGCGGCCAAGGGGGCGCGAUGGCGGCGAAGCCGCCGCCCAAGCCCUGGGAGUCUCGGCGGCUGCCGGGCACCGCGACCGCCUUCCAGUCUGCUGACUUGGGUGACAAUCUGCUGACCAGGCCCGGACAGCCCACGGUGGCACGAAUCCCUCCACCCAUUUUGCCAAGACCAUCCCAGCAAACAGCAAGCAGCAGCCUGAGCGCCUUCAGGCCGGCCUACAGCUCCUUUUCCCCAGGCUAUGGCUCAUAUGGCACCUCUUUCUAUGGCAGCUAUAGCCCCUACAGCUAUGGCUACGGAGGGCUUGGCUAUAACCGCUUCUGUGCCGAUGGCAUUCCCCCCAGCAGGUUUGUGCAGCAGGCUGAGGAAAGCAGUAGAGGGGCCUUCCAGUCCAUCGAGAGCAUCGUGCACGCCUUCGCCUCGGUCAGCAUGAUGAUGGAUGCGACCUUCUCGGCUGUCUACAACAGCUUCAGAGCUGUGCUGGAUGUGGCCAACCACUUCUCCCGCCUCAAAAUUCACUUCACCAAGGUGUUUUCAGCUUUCGCUCUAGUGAGAACUAUAAGGUACCUCUACCAGCGCCUGCAGCGAUUGCUGGGUCUGCGGCAGAGCUGCGAGAACGAGGAUUUGUGGUCUGAGAGUGAGGGCAAAGUAGCUCGUGCUGGCCUUGAAGACAAGGUGGCUAACUCUGCAAAAUCCUGGCCCAUUUUCUUGUUCUUUGCUGUUAUAUUGGGAGGCCCCUACCUGAUUUGGAAGCUGCUUUCUACAUACAGUGAGGAAGAAACAGUGUCUAGUAACUGGGCGAGUGGAGAAGAUGACCAUGUAGUUGGAAGAGCAGAAUAUGAUUUCAAUGCUCUCUCAGAAGAAGAAAUUUCUUUCCGUGCUGGUGAUAUGCUAAGAUUAGCACCCAAAGAACAACAACCCAAGAUCCGUGGUUGGCUUCUGGCUAGUUAUGAUGGGCAAACAACAGGACUUGUGCCAGCUAAUUACAUCAAAAUCCUGGGCAAAAGAAGAGGUAGGAAAACAGUGGUCCUGGAAAGGAUUCCAGAGCAGCAGCCAGCAUUUCCCAGCACUGCUGUCAGAGGAGCCCCUGCUGCUGUGACUUUAGAGGAGCAGGAGGCUGCUUUUGAAACUGUUUUUGCUAAAAGCAGCAAAGUUCCCAUUGCAUUGGACUCCUCUGUGGCUGGAGGAGAGAAGCAGGAACUCUGAUGCACUUUGAUCAACAAAGCAACUGAACUGUGCUUUAUUGAUACCACUUAGGGUUUGUUGAAAAUGUGGUUUGUAGUGGAGCAUUGGUGGGUCUGUACCAGUUCUUGCUGCUACUGGCUGGUGAAGGGAUGGAGAAAUGAUUGCUCAAAUUUGUGGUAUUUAUUUUUGACUCACCUGAGGCUGUACGUCAGUGAUUCUAUCCACCCACCUGGCAGUGACUCUGAGAUCUUGAGAUAGGAGAAGUGAGGCAUUCAUAAAAAAGCAAACAAAGGAAAAAAAAUAGGGACUGUCAUUCUUGCUUAGGAGACAAAUUAACACCCAGUCUUCUUAGGAGCAUCAAGCUCUUCAAGAGAUGUGCAAAGGGAAGAUUGAUUUCUGUAAGAUGUUCUCCAAAACAUCACCCUCAGAAUCAUAAAGGAGUAACAGCUCAUUGUCUCCCUGUGAAAAGAGGGAGAGUUGCAGGAGAUGCACACAAUGAAAUAGUUAGAAGGUUUAAGUUUCUUUCUAUAAGAAGUAGGGUUCUGUUAUAAAGAACUUAGCUCUCAGGGAAAAAAGGACUUGGGAGGAAGAGAGGAUAAAUAGAGUUUACAAAGGGAGAGCAGUGAGGCAUCACCAGUAGGUCCAAGCAGUUCUAUUUUGUCUAUUAAAAGGAUAUUAGAGUAAAGGGUAUUCUGCAGUCAGGCACUCAUUAGUUGUUACUCCCUUAACUAUGCAUCACAUUUAGCCAUUUUGUGAUGUAGCCUGUCAGCUACCAUCUGCAUCUCAACUUAUUUCUGUCCUUUAUUGAUUUUACAUGACUGUCAAAAUAUCUCUCCUGCAUUUUUGAGCAGUAGGAAAGCCUUGAGUUAGAGGAAGCUGAAAAAAAAAAAAAGUAACAUUUCUUACUUAAUUGUCUCAGAGAAGGUCUUGGAGUUGGACAAACUUUUCAUGCUGCCUUUCAGGUGGUAAAUUUUGCAUCUGCCCAUAAAAUUUCAGGGCUCCAGUUUAUCAAAAGCCAUAGAAAUAUUAGGACUGUUUAAAGUAUUUUCUUCAUGCGGGUGUUUGAGAAUUCUUGAAAUUUUUUGUUAAAUGAAACAAAGAUAAGUGAAACUUUUUUUUUCCUUGUAGUAUGUAUGUAUAAUGUGUUGAACUUCUGAAGGUUACAUCAGUGGAUUAAAUAACUACGUUGGUCUUAAUCAUUGAAAUAGCUGUUUUAUUUUAAAGUUUCUUGAAAAUAUAAGUAGGGCACAGCCUUUUCUUGAUUGAUUGAGUAGUUUCAGUUUAACCAUUCCUACAGGGAUCUUCAACACCCAUUAUGUGUUAACAAAGCUUUCAGUAUUUAUAUUUUUAUGGCAUUUGCUGGCCUUGGGUUCUUAGAGGUCUGUUCAACACAACAAAACUCUAAAAAAAUUAGCACAAUUUUAUCGAGGUAGAGCGGAAAAGACAAAUAUUAUGCUGGAACCUUGAUUUGAAAGUAAUCUCUGAAUGUUAAUAAAUAGAACGUGAAUUUAAGUGGUUGUCCUCAGGUAUUGGGAGAUGGUGAUUAGAAUAAUUUAUAGUAAAUUGUUAGAUUUUCAAGUGCAGAUCUAAAGGAAAAGGUAGUUAAAGGGCAAAUGAAAACCUUGAGGUUUAAAACAGAUCAUGUUCCCAAGAUAUUGCCCUGUAUACCAGAAAAUUAUCUUGAAAAUUAUAUCUGCUGUUGAAAUGAAAAUAGCAAAAAAAAUCUGAAAUUGAAAAUACAGAGAACAAAAGGGGAGAGGGGUGUAUCAAGUGUACAGUUCUGUGUGCAGAGUGUGGCCCUGGAGGGAAUUAAUUUACAGUUCUGAGAUGUAAUUAGUCGACUGUCAGUCUCUCCUGUCAGUGAAAGAUUUAAAUCAGAGGAAUGGUCUUUAAAUGAAUGACUAAAUAAACCCCAAUUUUUUUUUUUUUUUUUGAGAGUAUCCAGGGAGUUUUUUGUUUUCUGGCUGUUUUGGGUUGUUUUUUUCUGUUUUCUCUUCUGUUUUCUGGCUCGGAACAAGUUGAGAAGACAACACCAUGAUGCUUGUUGGAAUGUUUUAAGUCUUAUUUUUAGAAAGAUAAAUAUAUUUUCACUAUAAAUAUAUUUUCACUUCCAGGUCACACUAUUUUGACAACAAUUCUUUUAGCAGGAAGAUAGGUUAUUCUUACCUGAGUUGUCUUUGUAUUUGUUUGACUUAGCCUACAAGUCACUGUCAUCAUUGUAUCCAUUAAAUCUCAACAAGAAUUUUGAUCCUUUCAAUCUUGCAAUUACCUUAAUUGGAAAAGAAGGCUCUGAGGAAAUGAAGUCAAGUUAUUUAACUCACAAUUAAUUGUAUUGAUUACAGAAGGGUAUUAAAGUUCAUUGAAGUAAAAUACGCA